AUGCUGUCCGCCCCAAGCAAAAAGAAUUCACACCGGAUAAACACAUUUUCGGGCGUGCUCGCGUCCUCGGGUCUCGCGGUCCCUCAAGUGCAAACGACCCAGGUGGUUGCCGUGCAAGUUACCGGCGCGGCAUCAACGGUGCGAGUUGCCGGCGUGGCACCGAGCGGGCUCUUUCCCUCACCGCUCCUCGCCUCGACGGCGGCAGAGCGGGAGGUGCAGGAGCAGUACACGGCGGAGGACAGGGAGGCUGCCAGGCUGAAGGGCGCCGCCUUUCUUGCUCUCGGCAUCGCCCCUUCUUUGUACGCGCAGAGCAAGCUGGGUAAAUCCAAGGACGGUUCGAAGUGA